AUGGGAGCAGACAUCAGUCAUGAGGAAGCUCAGGACACCAUGAUUAACAGCUCCCCGCCCCUGUCUGCUCCCCUGUUUAAAUCGGCAGCGUCCAGAGCUCGCCCCAAGGGUCCAGCAGUGGGGAUUGACUUGGGCACCACAUACUCCUGUGUGGCUGUCUGCCAGAAGGGAAUGGUGGAGACCAUCGCCAACAGCCACAGCAACCGGACCACCCCCAGUUGCGUGGCCUUCACCGACAGGGAGCGGCUGGUGGGAGAACCAGCCGACGUACAAGCAGGCCUCAAUCCGGAGAACACGGUCUUCUGCACAAAGCGACUUAUUGGCCGCAGCUAUGGGGACCCUCUGGUACAGUCUGACCUGAAGCGCUAUCCUUUCCAAGUGGUCGAGGGUGGCAACGGGAAGGUCAAAAUUCAAGUGUCGUACCGAGGGUUGGAAAAAGUUUUCCAUCCUGAGGAGAUCUCUGCCAUGGUGCUCUCCAACCUGAAGCAGAUGGCUGAGGCCUACUUGGGCCGCCCAGUCACUCAAGCUGUCAUCACGGUCCCGGCCUAUUUCAACGAUGCCCAGCGUCAGGCCACCAUCGAUGCCGCGGCCAUUGCGGGGCUCAGCGUCCUGGCGCUGAUCAAUGAACCCACUUCAGCCGCCAUCGCUUACGGCUUGAACGACAGCGACAGAUGGAAAGUGAAGAGAAACCUCCUUGUCUUUGACCUGGGCGGGGGAACCUUUGACGUUUCUAUCCUCACGGUCCAGGACGGCAUCUUUGAAGUGGUUGCUACUACCGGAGACACUCACUUGGGCGGGGAGGAUUUUGACCAAAGGUUGGCUGACCAUCUCACCCAGGAGUUCAAGAAGAAGCACAACGAGGAUCUCACGCAGAGCACAAAGGCGAUGCAGAGGCUGAAGGCCGCCUGUGAAAAGGCCAAACGGACUCUGAGCUCAAACGUCACGGCCAUCGUCUCCAUUGACGCCCUCUACAAGGGAGUUGAUUUCCACACGGUGGUCACCAGGGCCACCUUCGAAGACCUGUGCUCUGACCUCUUCCACGCUGCCCUGCUUCAUGUGGAGAGGGGGCUGGAGGAUGCGGGCGUUAAAAAGUCCCAGGUCCACGACAUUGUGCUUGUGGGGGGCUCCACCCGCAUCCCCAUGAUGCAGAAACUUCUGUCGCAAUUCUUUGAUGGACAAGAGUUGUGUAAGACCGUCAACCCAGACGAAGCGGUGGCUUAUGGGGCAGCCAUUCAUGCCGCCAUCUUGACCGGCCACAGGUACCAAAAUCUCCAGAACCUUCUCCUCUUGGACAUAACCCCCGUUUCCUUAGGACUGGAGACGGUGGGAGGCGUGAUGGACGUUGUGGUGAAACGCAACUCUCCCAUCCCGACGAAAGAGACCAGAAACUUCUCCACCACUGAGGACAACCAAAGCAGCCUUUUCUUGCAAGUCUACGAAGGGGAGCGAACGUUGACCAAACACAACCGGCUCCUGGGAACGGUCACCCUGAGCGGCCUGCAGCCUGCGCCACGUUGCGUGCCCAUUAUUUUGGUCACCUUCCACAUUGACCACAAUAGCAUCCUCACUGUCUCUGCCAUGGAGAGGAUCUCUGGGAACAACAAGCAGCUCACCAUCACAGACACCCGUGGCUGCUUGGACAGAGAAGAGAUAGAGCGCAUCGUGCACGAGGAGGAAGAGCACAGAGCGCAAGAGAAGGCGGAAGAGGAGAAGAGGGAAGCCUUGAAUUCCUUGGAGUCCAGCACGCUUCAGCUGAAGAGGGUGGCCGUGGAAGAGAAGUCCCUGGACGACCGAGCCAAGAGGAGGGUGCUGGAGAUGUGCGAAGAGACCGCCGCAUGGCUGGAAGGCAACCGGCGAGCCCCGAAGAAGGAGUACGAGGCACGGAAGAGGGAACUGGAGGACGUCUGCUACUCCAUCAUCACACAUUUUACUACGGAUGGAGAGAAACCUUGA